CAUCAUGAGUGUUUGUUGUAGCUUUCUGUGGCGUAUACGUCAUUUCAGAGGGACUUGUUACACACUUUUAUGUCUUAAGAAAAACUAUGGGGAAUAAUACAAUUCGAAGUUGACAAUAAAGGGAUCGCAAUCAAGAUUCGCCCAGAGCUCAAAUAGCCUACAAAUCAAUCAAUUGAAUAACGCAUCAAUCGGCAGCGGCGGGGUCUCAAAAGUGAUAAUUGGAUCAACGUUGUGAAAAAGCUGCCGAGAUGACGGCCGUUCUUGAUAUCAAACCAGCGUUAACUCUGACGAAGUCCGAAAAAUUGGAUUAGUCGUGGCUGAACGACGAUAUGGAUAACCUACAGCUGGGUGGGUUUUCCGUGCAUCGGCAAGAUAGAACAGCUGCCUCUGAUGUGGACUUCAGCGAUGUGCCCCUGCUCACCCCGGGUAGCAGGGAGAUGAUGUCACAGGCCCUGAGGGCCACGUUUAGCGGCUUCACCAAGGAGCAACAGAGACUGGGCAUGCCCAGAGACCCCAGACACUGGUCAGAGAGCCAGGUGGGCCAGUGGCUGCUGUGGACAGUGAACGAGUUCAGCCUGAAGAGCGUGGACCUGCACUGCUUCAAUAUGGCCGGGGUAAGUCUCUGUGCCCUGGGGAAGGAGUGCUUCUUGGACCUGGCACCUGACUUUGUGGGGGACAUCCUGUGGGAACACCUGGAGAUGAUGCAGAGAGAUGUGAGGCAUUUCCCUGUCAAUGGCUUGAAGCCCACAUUCCAGGAGUCCCGGUUCACUUAUGACUACUUUGCCAACUAUGGAACUGAACGUGCCCAGUGCAUCCUUCCAUCGGACAACUCAGAGCCAGGCUUCAUCACAGAGUCCAAUCAGACACUUCUACCAACCACCUGUGAGGACCUGCUGUCAAUCAAGACUGAGAACGGACAUUCUACUGGCCCACUGGGUCCUAAGCAGGGGGACUACCUCACCAUCAAACAGGAAGUGGUCUCCCAUGACAACAUGUGCAUGGGGCACGUCAUUCGAGGUAAAAUUGGGGGCCAAGAAUCCUUUGAGAGUGUGGAGAGCCUAGAUGCUUGUGAGCGUCUCACCCAGUCCUGGGGCAGCCACUCCCACUUCUGCAGUCUGCAGCGCGUGCCCUCCUACAACAGCUUUGACUCAGACGACUGCCCGGCCACGCUGCGUGGCCACCCAGCCAAAGGCACCUUCAAAGACUAUGUGAUGGAGCGCAUGGACCUGACCAAAGACAAGUCUGUCAUACCGGCAGCGGCUCUUGCGGGAUACACAGGAAGUGGUCCGAUCCAGCUGUGGCAAUUUCUGUUGGAGCUCUUGACCGACACUUCCUGUCAGUCGGUCAUCAGCUGGACGGGAGAUGGCUGGGAAUUCAAAUUGACCAAUCCCGAUGAGGUGGCUAGGCGCUGGGGCCAGAGGAAGAACAAGCCCAAGAUGAACUAUGAAAAGCUGAGCCGCGGCCUGCGCUACUACUACGACAAGAACAUAAUCCACAAGACAUCUGGCAAGCGUUAUGUCUACCGCUUUGUCUGCGACCUGAACGGCCUUCUGGGAUACAGUGCAGAGGAGAUUCACGCCAUGCUUGACAUGAUGCCGGACACAGGAGAGUGAUGUGGGUGUGGUCUGGCACCACCAGGUAACACACACGCUUGUGUAGGACAGGGGUUGCCAACCGGUUGCCUGUGGGCCAAAACCGGCCCUCAAGUGAUUAUUUUUUCUUUUGUGGGGGGGGGCUCCCCAAAGUUGAGUUUUUAGAGGAAUUUUUGUUUUUGGUCAAGAAAGACUAAAAUCACCAGGAAUUCAGAAAAAAGGAGACUUUAGGAAAUCUGUUCCCAAGAAUUCCAUAAAAAAAGAUGUGAUUAUGUCUCAAUGUAAUCAAAGUAGGAAAUAAUUGUUAUUUUCAAAUACUCUUUUUAUUAUUAAGUUCUGGCAAAAAUCAUCUCAAGGCUGAAUCUAGUUGUCUACCGCUGUUGUAGGAGAUCAUGAUGAAAGCAUUUACAAUCACACAAAAAAUACAUAAUGCAAAUACAAUCAGACUCCUGUCAAGUUGCUGAAGACAAUGGAAGCGAGUUACUUGGAAAUGGACAUGGCCAUCACCCAAGGAGGUUAGAUCAUUUUAUUCAAAUGGAGCACAUGGCAAAAGAAAUGUACCCUUUUUGACCUAAGACUGGGGUUUGUCUGUGUUCAGUAUUGUUCUCUGGAAACCACAUUGACAAACCACAGUCCACAGCCAUUUUAGCAGCCAAGCAUUGGGCAUUUUGUGUCAGUCUCAAAGCAAUGACUCUCUACUCUUACACAAGGGGCUACUGAAGUCCUUUUUAAUGAAUGAUUUGUUUGAGGACUGCUACAGACAUCCAGGGUAUGGAGGGCAACACUAGGUGCUCUAUAUAUCUAUCAAUGCCACCACUGUCAUGUUUCCACCUGCCAAAAAUAUGUCCAAUUUGUCAUAUUUCCCUGACCAAAGACAUUUGUUAUACUGCACAAGCCAUAAUUCACUGUCUCAACAUGCUUUGUCAUGAGUUCCCCUAAAUGUGUUUAAGAGCUUUCACAUUUCGACUGUUACCCUGGGUUGUAUUCACUAGGAAAUAAAUUUAAGAAAACUGACCGAAACGGGAGGGACUACCUGAACCUGUCCAAUAAGAAACUAAUUUGUGUUGCAAAACUUUGCUACAGGUUGUUGCAGUGUGCUCUAUUGAAUAUGGUUAGAAAGGUGUGAAGUACUCUCAUAUUUGAGGGAACGAAACCCUACAACCAAAUGCUAUCGCAAGUUCUAUAAAUAGAAGUUCCAAAAUUAUUUUACAGCAUUUGUUUCUUUUUUAUAAUGUAACAAAGUUUUGUAUAAUUUUAAAGUUUUUAUUUUUUAUUUUUUUAAAUGACAGACAGCUGGUUCUAUGCGUGGGUCUAUAUUCAUCAAGCGUCCCUGAGUAGGAGUGCUGAUCUAGGAUCAGUUUUUCCCUUUUAAGUUAUUAAGAUUACAUUGAAAGAGGGGCUUGUUGGCUGAUCCUAUAUCAACACUCUUAGUUUGAGACUUUGUGAAUAUAGGAUAAAAAAAAGGUGGCAGUAUCCUCUUUCUUGCUUUAUAUAUACAAGAUUUCUUGGGCUGAGCCUGGCCUAUCGCUGAACAUUAAGAGCAGAGCUUUUAUUAUGAUUGUACAUGAGAAUGUUGUAUACCAAACAGUAUAAUCAAAACUAACUGUUGUGUGGGUCUCCUAUUUUUACUCCUCACAUACACACAAAUGCCCAUGUAACACACACAGAGCUAAAAAUAGCCACAGUUGAGUAGCGGCUAGACCGACAUCAUUGCCAAACGUGGGGCUGCUGGACAGGAAAUUCCACCUGAUACAUGUGUUAAACUUCGCUGUGAAUAAAUAAGUGAUGAAUUGUC